CGAGGCAGGAGAGAUAGAGAGAUGCCAGUGGGAGUUACCAGCGGAGGAUCGGCGGGGGAAUGGAGCGUACUUUUUGUUGAUUGAGGGGGACCUACCGUUUCUCCCGCGGCAGAAGCGGUAGUUCCCUCCCCAGGACAAGCAUCAGUUUCCAAAUGUAACCCCAGGUGGUGGACAUAUAUGGAUAUUUAUAGGUUAAACAAAGAAAUGUGUCUAGAACAUCACCAAGACAAUCCCGGAAAUAACAGACAUACCCUCAGCCGGUCACGUAGGCUACAUUGCUGGAAGCUUUGCGUUACUGAUAGAAACGUUUCAAGCUUCUGAAUACCAGAAAACAUUUCAAUCGAAGACAAAUGUGAAACCAUUUAAAGAAAAAUCAUGAAUGAAAGAAAAACUGUGGCAAGGAGACUUUUUAAUAUGAAACUUCCCACAACUGUGGCACCGCUCCUCUCUCGCAGCCUAGGCAGUUGUGCUGCACUCUCGCUCUCGCACGGUGGCUCCCGUAAAAAAUGAGGCGAGGACGUGGGCUACGUGCGCAUCUAGCACUAGACGAGAUGAAAUGGAGAGCUUGGAACACACGGACCUUUUAAAUCAAAGCUCUUCCCACGGACACAACAGUUUUCCAGCCUCCGGCGAGAGAGUUAGAAACGGUGAACACAUAUUUGGAGCUGCCGAGUUUCAACCUUUCCAAACCAACAUGGGACUCAAUGGACUAAACGGCUACUGCCAGGGCAUAGCGCCGGUUGGGAGCGCCACGGCCGCGGAAUUACUGUCUGGUCUGGCUUCAAAAACAAGCACUUCCAGCAUCACGGUUUUAAAGAAACAGACGAAUACUGGGCUGCCGUUCUAUAACGGUGGGAUUGUGUCUCCGUUCGCAACCAUUGAGGGCAGCCACAGUGGUCCCAAUGGUUACCCUCCGCAAGUGAAAGGGGUGGGGGAGACACCCAAUGGCCUUGCACAACACCUAGGCAGCAGAGCACGCCUCGUGGAGAAUGGGGACAGAACACAACAUGAGAAAUGCAUUCUUCUAGUGAAGAGGCCCAAUGGUGACCCGCAGGUCAAACAGCUGCACCAUCGGAAGCGGAGAGGUGAGGAGAACCGGGACAUGGGUUCUGAGACGCCCAAAGGUUGUGCCUUAUCAGUGGGUUCAGGUUUAGGUACUCUAGGUAUGAUGGCCUAUGGACCAGGUGAGUCGAUAACCCCAGACUGCAAACGGAGACGAGUGUCGGAGAGCGAAGUUCACAAAGCGGAGCCCUCCAAACCCGGCAAGGCUGUCCUCCCUCUUGCUGCCAACGGCGACAGCAGCAUCAGCAAUAACCAUAGCAACCUCAACCACUGCGCCACCCCUCACCCCUCUUUGCCCGACCCUCACAACAACAAGCUGCACCACAAUGUACACAAGGUGAUGCUGCUGGGCCCCGGGGUUGUUCCAGGCCAGAUGUCCCCGGUGGAGGCCAACAGCAUCCAGUCUCUACCGUUACCGGCCGGGGUGGGCUGGUCGGCGGAGAGUAUCGCCCAGCAGUACAUUGUGCCCUGCCUGACUUCCUAUGGUAUCUGUGUGAAGGACAGUUUCCUGGGGCCACGGCUGGGUGAGUCGGUGCUGGGCGAGGUGGAGAGUCUGAACCGCAGCGGGAAGUUCCGGGGGGGUCAGCUGGUCAGCCAGAGGAGCAUCCCCUCACGGAAUAUCCGUGGAGACCAGAUCGCCUGGGUGGAGGGGCACGAGCCGGGUUGCGAGGGCAUCGCCAUGCUGAUGGCACACAUCGACGAGGCCGUGAUGCACAGCGCUGCCCACGGGCAGCUGGGGGACUGUGUCAUCAAUGGACGCACCAAGGCUAUGGUGGCCUGUUACCCAGGUAACGGCACAGGGUACAUCCGUCACGUGGACAACCCUAACGGUGACGGCCGCUGCAUCACCUGCAUUUACUAUCUCAACAAGAACUGGGAUGUCAAGGUUCAAGGAGGUUUGCUGCAGAUCUAUCCAGAGGGGAAGAGUGUGGUGGCCAACAUAGAACCGCUGUUUGACCGUCUGCUCAUCUUCUGGUCCGACCGCAGGAACCCACACGAGGUUAAGCCGGCCUACGCUACACGCUAUGCCAUCACUGUCUGGUACUUUGAUGCCAAGGAGAGGGCCGAGGCCAGAGAGAAGUACAAACUGGCAACCGGACAGAAAGGUGUUCAAGUGCCCGUCACUCAAAACAACAAAACCUAAAUCUUGUUCAAUCCCCCCCAGCUCUUUAUUGGUUGAGAGGAGAUACGGCAGCAUCUGAUUGGGCAGUUGAGGGAAAGAGGGCGGAGAUGGAACACAGUGGACUCAGUUGGCGAAUGGAGCGAGGCAGGGUCAGACUGACUCAGGUGGCAUAAGGGCCAAAGAGGAUGAAAAUGACUCCUCUUCAUCAGAUAAUUCAAAAAUGAUUUAAAGACAACAAACUGAAUUGACAGACUCUUGUUUUUGCCUUAUCAAUAAUCAGCGCUAUUAUAAUAUAAUCAGAAAGCAAUCUUCUCUGCUCUCGCAAACUUUUCAGCUCGGUCAAAAGAUAAGGGGUAACAUACAAUAGACAUUUCUCCAAUCAAAAAGCAGGCCUAAGGAGACAGGAGCACCAUCUGCGGCGUCGGAGGAAUAAGAUUGCAUCUGUUUUUCAGGGGAAACUGAAAAAGAGCUUUUGGACAUUAACAAGACGAUACUCCAUCUUAACUCCACCUUCACAUUUACUAGAUUGGUUCAACAGUGCAGAAGAGAACCUCGCCAUGUAGUUCUCUCAUCAGGUUAAGACAGUUAGGGAAAUGUGAUUGGAGGUCCUGACUUUCACACACAUCGUGACACAUCCAGUGUGUUGCCUCAGCUUACACCCAGCCAUCAGUCAACAACGCACCAUUAAAGAGGAAGUGACCUCACAGGAAAUGGUCCUUUACAUAUCACACAGUAGUGUGACAUUCAGCUAUCCCAGCAUUCAUGUUGUUGGAGACCCUGUUAGGGUAUCCACCUGCCACCAGUGUACAGAGAAGACUGAAGACUCUCUUUAUCGCAGAGAAACACGAAGACUCUCUAACUCAACUAGUCAACAGAAGAAAAAAAAAUCAAUAAUGUUUGUUCAUGUGACAGUCAGUGAGAAAGGAGUGUGUAAUGUCAGAAAGCAAUGUAAUACAAUUCCAAGAGCGUGUUUUUGACACCUAAACAAAGGUGGGUUGAAGGCAGGUCGAAACAGGGUUUGCUGAAUGUUAUAGUGUGUGUGUGUGUGUGUGUGUGUGUGUGUGUGUGUGUGUGUGUGUGUGUGUGUGUGUGUGAAAAUGUACUGUACAAGCAACCCUGUUACUAGUACCUUGGUGGUCCCAGUUGCACCUGUAAGACCCACCCCUCCCUAUACGGAGACUAGAGGCUGCAUCAGCACUAUCAUCACCUACAGUGCAUUCUGGUCAACUCAAACAUACAAUAGAUUGGACACGGUUCACCACAACAUCUGAAUCUAACCUGACCCCAGACCCUCAGUCAACCUUGUUAUACUCCACAGAAGCAAAUGUUAAUGCACAGAAGGGUCUGUGUGAAACUACUGCAGUGUCUGUCUGUCUGUCUAACUAUACUUGUGGGGACUAGAAGUCUCCACAAGAAUGGUAAGUAAACACAAAUUUAACUGUGGACAUUUUAGUUUGUCUCCACAAGGAAAAAGUAUAUUUCUAUGGGGUUUAGGGUUAAGGAAAAUAUGAUUUUGAAUGGGAAUCAAUUGUACCCCCCAACAAGGUUAGUUAAAUGUGUGUGUGUGUGUGUCUGGCCUUGAAUGGGGGUGGGGAUGCGCUUGUGUGUGUGUGUGUGAGACAGACUGGGUAAGAGAGAAGUAAAAAUAUGACUUUUCAGAAAUGCUAUCUGAAUGAUCAGUGUAAAUUUAGAAACAAACUGCUUUUAUGCUGUGGAUAAUAUGGUUGAGAUGCAAUAGUGACUAAAACAAUGAGAACAAAAAAAUGUUGCCUCAGUUUUUUCAGAAAUUUUGCAUUAUUGAAUUAAAACGUGUUUUUGUACAAGAA